GUAGAAUGCAGGAUGUGAACCUGCGCUUUCCUAGAAUUAGAAACUUAGCUAGGCUGAUGCGUUACUGCGCGCAAGAGUCGGCCCGCGCGCGGCCGGCGGGCGGUAUUAUAAAAGGAGCGGAACAUGCAUUGCAGUCGCAACUGGAGCUGGUCGGAAAAGAAAUGAUCAGCACGGCUUUUUCUCUUACGACGGUCUUCUUGCUGGCUGUCACUGCCUCAGUACAGGAUGCAGCUGCGAUUGUUCCACCAGACGUAUUCUUGAAGUUUGUGCAAGGGGAUGCGAGCGCGUUUGCACUGAUGGCUGAAUGGUCUACUACAUAUAAAAAGUGGGAGUUGCUACAACGGGAUGUUAAUACGAAAUACACAGAAACAACUGACCUUACCCCGUGUGAGCUUACCUGUCAAUACGAUGAUGCAAAGAAGGAGAUGAAUUGUGUCGAUUCUAAUCGACAGACUUCCAUUGAGUUACAACAAACGGCACUAACAGCAGGUACUGUGACUCCUCUUGUGUGUACUACAACGGAAACGAAAACUACUGGUAGCCUCGGACUCCAAUGUGAGGCAUCCAGUACAGACAAUUUCCUCCGAAUUGUCGUUAACAUGGCGAAAGAAACUGCCCUUCCAUCAGUACAGUGCUCCCCUAAAACCAUUGCAACAGGAGUUGAAAUAACAUGUUCAACCACAUAUAGCACAAUAUCAAAACUGUCGUACUUCUUCCAUGGAAAUUACAGGCCAAAAGACUGAUGGAACAAGUAUAAUUAUUACGUGGGACACUUUUCAGCCUGGAACAAACCCAAUUCUCAUUUUAGUAACUUUGGGAAAUGGAGAUUUGCACUAUUUUUCUAUUACCGUGGAUGCAGAUCUCAUUUAUACAGUUUGUGAUGUGCAAAUAAGUUUUUUGGAUGCCGAUCAGAGAAACAUCCGUUUUCGAAUUCAAGCAUCUUUGCAGAAAAAUAUAAAUAUCAAUGGAGGAACAUACAAUAUACAUAGUACAUUGGGAAACUUUGCUGAAGAUUUGCUAUUGGUACCAACUGCACUCUUGAAAGACGGAAAGAACACGAUAAUGAUAUCUGUGUCCGUGACAUGUGGUGGUUUCUGGGUAACACUACAGAAAGAAGCUUAUCUAACGGUUCAACAGCCCGACAAACUGACAGAGUUGAUAUAUGGUCCUCCAUCAGAGCCUAUAGAAGGGGACAGCUUUCUUGUAACAAUCAGUGUGAAAGGAGAUGGAGUCGAUUUUCUUAUGAUGGUUGAGGCAAUGGGAGCCCAGACAAUCACUAGAUGGUCGUGCACUCUUGGAAAAGAUGAAAAAAAACAACCAGAUAGUAGCCCCAUACGAUUCAACAGAGGUGCACUUGAAGAAGGAGAUAAUGUGAUAUUGGUUGUGGUUACUGGAAGUGAUGGAGGCACAGUAACAAGGGAUUUCAUUAUAUACUACCUGAAAUACAUUCCAUCAACUAAAAUUUGUGAUGCCAAGUGUGUCACAACUCCACUUAGUAGUGGCGUUAAGGUUGUCUGCAGCACCAGUUCUGACUCAAUUCAAUCAGUCCAAUACUCUAUCAAUGAUGAUGGAAACCAGAUGGAAGCUCAAAUGUCGACAUUUGUCAUUACCGACAAAGUAGCCUGGAGGAAAGGGAGUAACAUGCUUCAACUCAUUGUCGUCUGUGACAAUGGUGCACAGGGCAAACAGCCAACAGUUGAGAUAACCUUGACACCUCCUGACCUGCAAUGUCAAGUGAUGUACUCACCAUGUGACAUUGAAACUGAAGUCACUAUCUCAUGUAGCUCUACUACAACUGCACAGAGUACUAAAUCCUGCAGCCUUGAUGACAAUCAAUAUACAACACAAUGUGGAUUGAUAAACGUUUUAAAAUAUGAAACGCUAACCCUAGGCAGCCAUACAUUCACCGUGGAUAUGACGGACGUUUUUGGAUUGAAAGCAAAGAGUGAAGUCGCUUUCUCUGCGAAAUUUGAGAUAUGGUGCACUGGAGCCUGCAAUUUUUACACGAAAUUAGUCUCAGUCUCCUGUGAAUCCACGUAUCCUGCAUCAUCUUGGACAGUAUCCAUCAAUGGUGGCACAGCUGAAGACCGUAGCCAAAAUUUCGACUUGGAUUUAAAGGAUGAAGACCUAACUCAAGAUCUAACACUGGAGAUGACAGCUAUAAACACCAGCGGCGAAAGCGCCAUUGACACAAUUUUUUUGAGGGGACAACUUCUUCUCUAGAGAAGAGACAAUAACAUGCUAGCUGUCUUCAGACAGUAACUUAGUGUAGAAUGAGGGAAAAAAUUAUAGUAUAUAGUAAAUACUAGUAGUAGUAGUGGUGGUAGUAGUGGUAUAUAGUGAGAAUAUGAAAUAGUCGUAGUAAAACCCAAAGUAAAAAACGAAGAGCAGGGACGAAGAUGUUUUACACUGAUAAGUAGUGUUUACAUGCAGUGUAUGAGGGCAGAGUCUCUCUCAAUAUUAUUGGGUCAACAAAAGUGUAUGACAAAGAGAGCUUUUCCUAGCUUUUUGACACCCUCUUUCCUCUGUCACCGCUCCACACCGUGGGUGGAAGGCUCACCCUUUUGCACUGUGCUCACAUUUAAUGAACUACAACAUUAGGGUGUAAAAGAGCAUGUCAGAGUAUGUAAAUACAGCAUGAGAGCAACUGUAAUAUGUACUUGCAAGAAAGCACACACAGAAAGAUAAACACUGAAUAGAAGUUUCAUCAGCAAGAGCAGAAGAGACUCAACCACGGAAACACCUCCAAGGACUUGCGUAUAGGCAAGAGGCAAGAGUGCAAUAAUGCACAAGGCAACUAAAGCACUCUAGACACGAUUACAACAUG